AGCAAAGCAUUGGUUUUGAAAGAGAGUAUGGUGCUCGGUGUGCUACUUUGUAAAAGCUGUGCCUGUUUAAAGUGCAGUAAUUAAAAUAUGCAGGACUUCUUUAUUGAGCUAGCCUAACAGGAACCCAAAGUGUACAACAACAAAAAUAUACAGUGGUUAUAUUGCUUUAGCUGUACUGAAAUGUUGUGUUCCCUCAAAAAGUACGAGGAAUCGUUCUUUUUUUCGUUUUUACUUUUCAUCAAAUUAUAAUUUAGAUGCUAUGAGCUUUGAAGUUAUUCUAGGAAGUUAUGUCAGAAAUAAUAGCAAGGCAUUGUGGAACACCUCCUAUGUAACCUAAUUGCCCGCGACGGUCAAAAUUGAGGCCCACACAAAGGUGGGGCUUGAGAAACAAGACCGAGCGCGGUUCUGUUGGAUGUGUUUUAUAUUCUCAGUAGUGAAUUAAAUAUUUAAGAGCUUCGAAUACCACCGAAAAACAAAUUUGCGUGUUCCUCACAAUAUACAGUGAAUUAGUCGUAUUUAAAAAAAAAAAAAAAAAAAAAAACUUUACACAUAAGUAUGUCCAGGUUCAAAAGAGGUGGGAAAUUUGUAGAUUCGAGAGCCGGGUUUAGAAAUGAAAAGGAAGAGCCUACAGUACCGCAAGGCUUAUUAAAAACAGCGAGAAAAAGCGGACAACUUAAUCUGUCUGGCAGAGGGCUAACUGAAGUGCCUCAGAGUGUGUGGCGGUUGAAUUUAGACACACCAGAAGAAGCUAAACAGGAUGUCUGUUUCGGAGCUGUGGAUCGCUGGUGGGAACAAACAGACCUAACCAAACUGCUUCUUGCAUCAAACAAGCUGCAGGUUCUAUCUGAGGACAUUAGACUGCUGCCAGCUCUUACUGUUUUAGAUAUCCAUGACAACCAACUAACCUCUCUACCUAAAGCUAUUGGAGAACUCGAACACCUGCAAAAGGUUAAUCUUAGCCGCAAUAAACUGAAGGAAUUGCCUGAGGAACUGUGGAAUCUGAAAGACCUGAGGAGUCUACAUCUGCAAGAAAAUGAAAUAGAGAAGGUUUCCGAAGGAGUGGGACAGCUCAGUUGUGUGAGUGAUAUGGAUCUUUCCAACAAUCGUCUGACAGCUAUCCCAGACAGCUUCAGUAACCUAACUAACCUGGUGAAACUCAAUCUGUCUAAUAACAAACUCAGGAGCCUUCCUCCAGGAAUCGGAGCAAUGAAAAGUUUGAAACAUUUGGAUUGUACAAGCAAUCAGCUGGAAAGGGUUCCUGAAGAGCUGGCACAGAUGGCCUCAUUAGAGCAGCUUUACCUCCGACACAACAAGCUCCGCUGCCUCCCAGAACUCCCAUCCUGUAAACUGCUGAAGGAGCUCCAUGUUGGCAAUAAUCAAAUUGAGCUUCUGGGACCAGAGCAUUUGAAGCACCUGAACGCUAUCAGUGUCUUAGAGCUAAGCGAGAACAAGCUGAAAUCACUGCCUGAUGAAAUCGCUCUGCUGAAGGGCCUUGAAAGGCUGGAGCUCACGAACAACGACAUCAGCAGUUUGCCUUGCACACUGGGUAGUCUACCAAAGCUGAAAAUCGUGGCCCUGGAGGGAAAUCCUUUGAGGUCCAUCCGCAGAGAUCUCCUAACAAAAGGAACCCAAGAGCUGCUGAAAUAUUUGAGAAGCAGAGAACAAGAGCCAGAGGAGAAAGGCAAAGAUGCUCCCCAGACAGCUAUGACUCUUCCAAGCCAAGCCAAGGUCAAUGUGCAUGCCAUAAAAACACUAAAGGCGCUGGAGUACAGUGAGAAACAAGAGGCAUCCAUUCCGGAUGAUGUAUUUGAUGCAGUUUGCAACAACCCUAUUACCAGUGUGAACUUCAGCAAGAACCAGCUUACAGGGAUCCCAGCCAGAAUUGUGGAACUGAAAGCCACUGUUUCUGACCUCAACUUGGGUUUCAAUAAGCUCACCUGUGUCCCAUUGGAAAUCUGCAUGCUUCAGCAACUGGUACAUCUAGAUUUCAGAAACAACCUUUUGUGUUCACUACCUGCAGAACUAGAAGCCCUGAUGAAACUGAGGAGUGUAAUUCUUUCUUUUAACAGGUUUAAAGCAUUUCCUGACGUACUAUAUCAGAUUACCACACUGGAAACCAUUCUUAUCAGUAGCAACCAGAUUGGAACUAUUGAUCCACUCCGGCUGAAACAGCUGUCGAAACUGGCAACAUUGGACCUGCAGAACAAUGACAUCAUGCAAGUUCCUCCGGAGCUUGGCAACUGCACAAGUCUUAGAGCACUAAUGCUUGAUGGAAAUCCAUUUCGCAAUCCAAGGGCAGCCAUUGUGGCCAGAGGAACUGAUGCACUAUUGGAAUACCUUAGAAGCCGUAUACCUACCUAAAUUUUAACCGCUGGACAGAUGUGUCCCUGCUACACUACAAACACAUGUCACUCGCACAUCCCUCCUAAUGAUUCCAUGGCCUUGAAUAUUCAUAUUCAUUUUUUUACUUCUGGUGUAUACAGCAUGUAUUUCAUAUCCUAUAAGGUUAAGAGGUUUGAGACAACCAAAUUUCAAUUAAAACCUGCAUAUCAGGGCUGAAAAUUUAAGGUAUACUUGAUGAAAUUAAUUACAUUUUUAUUUUCUACAAAAUGCAAGAAUUCCUGAUGGUACGAUUUUUUUCGACUACAUAUUUUUUAUUUAACUUUUGUAUGUUUACAAUUACACAAACAGAAAAAGAUGUAGAGUUUUUCUUUCAUUUUUUUUUACAGUAUACUGCUACUUUGUUUUUUAUUUUGUUAUUUUGAAUUACAGUUCACACCUUUUUUUAUACCUGGACUCAGAAAUCUCUAAAGUACAUUUUAACUCUUUCAACAGUGCAGAUCUCUAAAGGUGUCUUAAAACUAACUCCACCCAAAAUGAACUGCCAGCAGUCUAGGAAAAACAUCAUUCAGUGCAACAGACUAUUUAACAGUCUUAUUCUUGAGUAUGGCCCUAUAUCAUUUGUGUGUGUGCCUUUUUUCUCAUGGGAGACACUAAAUAUGUUUAAAUAGUUAUACAGCAAUAGGGUUGUCUUUUUUAUCUUUGAGUUUCCAGUGCUGUUGUGCUUAUCCCAGUGGGGUAUAGGUUGAUCAAAUCAACCCUGUAGUGUUGAAAGAGUUUAAAGCACAGUUUAAACACUUACAAAACCAUUAGAAAUCUGCUGUUAGGAUGAUGCUUGGACUUUAAGCACUUUUGUAAAAUGUGGCGUUUUGUUUGUGAGCAAGCUUUUUUCUUAUCCCGGCAUGCCAUCGUUAAGGUGUUUUCUGUGUUUGGUUUCUGAGUGAAAAAGCCAAAUUAUAUAUGAAACAUAGCAACAAAAAAAAAGAAGCAGAAGCACUGUGGAACUUCAUAAAAUAAUAUUCAUGAAUUAACAUGUAACUGCAGUUAACAUAACUAGCACAUUAAAGAGUGAUUUGAGACAUGCUGUUUGUAUUGUGUGUUUUGAAGAAAUUCACAUAAUUUACUGAAAAAGAAAUUCUAAAGACAAUACCAAAUGCUUUUGAGCUGAAGUGCUGUAAGCUCAGUAUCAAUUUUCUGUCCUUGCUUAAAACUAAUUGUAUACUAAUUAUAUUUGGUAAUUUCCGUUAGUUACAGGUUUUACAUGUGGUAAAGUUUAUCAGAAAUUGUGUGUGUAUGUAUAUGUGUGUGUGUGUGUGUAUAUGUAUAUAUAAAUAAAAUAAUUACACAUA